AUGGUGCUGCAAUCGCUGCCGACUUCGGGAGUGGCCUUCCGCAAGAUCCUGUCUCACUUCCCAGCGGAGCUAAGCCUGGCUUUCGCCUAUGGCUCCGGGGUGUACCGCCAGGCGGGGCCCAGUGCAAACCAGAAGAAUCUCAUGCUCGACCUUGUCUUCACAGUAGAUGACCCUGUGGGAUGGCAUUCAAAGAACUUGAAGCAAAACUGGAGCCACUAUUCUUUAUUAAAAAUGUUGGGGCCUAGGGCUAUCACAACCAUCCAGAAUAACUUCGGCGCUGGAGUGUACUACAACCCAUUGAUAAAGUGUGAUGGCAGGCUUAUCAAAUAUGGGGUUAUUAGCACUGGUAUUCUGAUUGAAGAUCUCCUGACCUGGAAUAACUUAUACAUUGCUGGACGACUCCAAAAACCCGUGAAAAUCGUAGCAAUGAAUGAAAAUGCCAGUCUGAGGGCAGCCCUCGAUAAGAAUCUGCAGAGCGCUGUGAACACGGCGUUCCUCAUGCUCCCUGAGAGCUUCUCAGAAGAAGAGCUCUUCAUAGAGAUCGCUGGCCUCUCCUACUCAGGCGACUUUCGGAUGGUGGUUGGAGAGGAUAAGUCAAAAGUGUUGAAUAUUGUGAAACCCAACCUAGUUCACUUUCGUGGGCUGUAUGGCAGCAUACUGCAGGAGAACCCCCAAGUGGUGUAUAAAGCUCAUCAAGGCAGACUCGAGCUAGAUAAAAGCCCAGAAGGACAAUUCACUCAGCUAAUGGCAUUACCCAAAACCUUACAGCAACAAAUAAAUCAAAUUAUGGACCCUCCUGGAAAAAACAGAGACGUAGAAGAAACUUUGUUCCAACUUGCUAAUGAUCCUGACUGUUCGGAGGUGGUGCGACUAGGCCUGUCAGGAAUCGUGAGAGCCUCCAGCGUGAAACAGAGCACCAAGGGCAUUUUCACUGCUGGCAUGAAGAAAUCCGUGGUCUAUAGCUCAUUAAAACUACUCAAAAUGUGGAGAGGAUGGCUGAGGAAAACCUAA